AUGCCUAAAACCGUUGACCUGCGUACGCAACUCGCACAGCGCGUGGCGUGUGCAUUGCGUCUGCGUGAUGUAUUGGGUCGGAAUGGUUAUCUUGCUCAACUUUCAAUUUCAACUCGCAUUCAUUUGCGAGCAGAUGCUGAGCUGUUGGCAGGGGCAAGUGAUCUCUGGCGUUUGUUUGACGCUGGGGAGCAUGCAGCCGUGCUUGUCACUGCGAUCGAGAGUGUGCUGGGCCCUGGGUAUGAGCGAGUAUUUUUCGAGCAGGCACUUCCACGAAUGGUCGAAAUUCUUGCCGCACUUCAUGCUCAAUUGACUCCAUCCAAUGCCGUGGUGUGUACGCGACUAGUGUUGGCCUUGUUCCUUGGCGCAACACGCUUCCGUCUUGAACACGGUGCAGCGUAUCAGCAGACGUCUCUUCCUAGUUCGUCAACGUUUGAGCCUUGGUACGCGUCACCUGUAUGUAUCCGCCUCCUGGAAUCACUGUUUGAUGCGGCCAUCAAUCGGCUCGAGCAUACACAAGAAGCCGCAGCUGAUGCAGAGCUCCGCACUCAGCUUUGUGCUUUGGCAGAACAAGCACUAAAUGCAUAUGAAGCUCGCGAGGCAUUCCUUAGCAACGAUGCGGACGGUCUUGCAGCUGCACAAGCUGCUUUCUCGAGAGCGCGCCCGGCUUUGUUGCGCCCCCUGUUGGGUAUCGGACGUGCCGACAAAGCAUUCGCACUUGCCGAGCAUCAUCGCGAUUUUCACACGCUCGUGGUUCUUUGCUUUGCGGAUCCGGCCAACAAUGACGAUUCCAAGCGCAUAAAGCUCAUGAAUCCAGCGAGUUCGGACUCCUCAGAUGUACGUGUGGAGCUUUACCUUGAUGCAUAUGGUAUGGAUUUUGCCAAUGAGUUGUAUCAAUACUACAUAAAACACGGUGCAGUUCGUCGCUUAUUGGAGCCACGUGCCGAGCAUGCACACUUGGUGUCCCGUUUUCUUGAUGAACAUCCACAGUAUUCCCGGCUUGCAUGGGUACACGAUUCAGCUCUUGAUCAGUAUGAGCGUGCGAGCUCGACGCUUCGCGCUUGCGCGCAGCAAGAACGCCUGGAUGUACAGGCUAAGCAGCGUAUGCUAAGUAUCGGAAAGCUACUACAUCUUGCCUCGCUUCCUAGUAUGGAAGGAGUGUCUGCACCCGCUCAGCAAGCGACACUCGAGAGUUGGGAUGACGCGCUUGACCUUGUGCACAUACAAACUCGCUUGCAUGCCCGAUGGGUCGAGGCAACGCUGGUGGAUGAGAGUGCUCCUGCAGAAGCUCAAGCUGAACAUAUCGCUUCGAGUAUUGCUCCCUUGCUUGACAAUAGACCGACAUUGCGCACAUUGUUUGUCUCGUUUGCUAGCGAGGUGAUCGCAGGUCAUGUUGUGACUGGAGAAGACAUAAUUGACUUGUUGACUUUGGCAGAUCGGUCAUUUGCUGCCCCACAAGAUUCUGCUCUGACUGAUUUUGCUAUUGCUGUCCAGGUCUUGGUGAGACUGGACCUUUCAUCGGCGAGACGAGAUGCAGCUCUGGUAUCGUUGUGGCGGCGUCUUUAUUUGAUGGAUGAUUGGGAAGCACUUAGUGAUACCGCAAGUUUAACUGAUGAGCAAGUGCUUCAGAAUGUUCAAAACACAACAGCAUUUCACACUUUGCAAAGCGUCCUCGCUGACGAUAGUACUGCCGAAACUGUCAUAUCUCCAGAGUCAAUUUGUACAAUGGCUCCCCCAGAUCUAUCAUUGCUGAAAGAGCGAUUGCAAGGCUUACCAGACACUCAAAUACAAGCCAUCCAUGAUGCUUUCCAAGAGGAGCAUGAUGCCUUGGCACAUACUGUGGAAUGCACCCGCCUCUCUGCAUAUUUUUCACACAUCCUCUCGGUCCGUCUAAUAAAUAAGGAAGAUUGGGAUAUGGAUGACGAAGAUGCGCCUGAACGUAAGCUUGAAGAUACGACUACACCCUUAUACGAGACUUCCAUGCCAGGUGCCAGCACGAUGCUUAUGUGA